ACUACUGUUGAGGCUAACGCUUCUGGGCCGACUCCAAGUUGAACUUAUAACUAUCCCCGCUCCAGCUGGGCCACACCACAACUGUUCAUAACAAUUCGGAGAUAUUGAUAGCAAUCGAUCAUACGUAUCUUACAAUGGCCUCCUCAACCAGACCUACACUGAGCAGAAAUGAGUCCAUGCAGAAGUAUAUACUACUUGCAGCACAGAAAGAAGCACUUCAACGCCGGAUAUCUAUGUCCAUCCCUUUCAGCCUACCAAUGUCGACCUCUUCGCCUGAAUUUCAGUCACUGUCUUCGUCGCCUGUAUCACCCACAGACUACACCGCGACGUACCCUACUGUCACUGAACCUGUACCUACUAGAUCAAGCACGGGAACCCGUGGCAGUGUCGACGAUCUGCAUACCGACGAAUCGCAUAAGCUUUACGAGAUCAACCAGCAAAUCGUCGCAACGCUGAUGGAACUGCUGAACACCGAUGCUGUCAAGACAGACCCGAAGUACCGCGCUUUCAUACAGGAGAAGCUUAUGGAUUCCGAGCAUCAGAUCCGCCGACAGAGGCGUCGACAUUCCUCCAAUGCAGAGCGAGACCAUGCAUCCUCUAUCGCUCAUCACAUGGAGCUUGGACUCAACACAUCGAAGACUUGGGCGUGACUCCAGCUCGGUCUCGAACAAUGUGCAAAAAUCGAGUUCUGACAUGUUCUGCUUUCUUCUGGCGCUAUCUACGGCGUUACGGUCGUUCUGAGAUGAAGUGCUCAGAUCAGAGACAAUCGACGAAAAUGAUACCCAAUGCAUACCCUAUGCAUUAUCUGAAACGCGGCGUUGACUAUCCGGCACUUUGCAGCCCCUAUGUACUAUUACCUACCUACAACAACGUAAUCAAAUGUUCUCCAAGCUUGUACCGUAUCUUCAUGCACCAAUGAGUGCCACUUGCAAACUGGCGGUCUCGUAUGACCACCUUCCUUUUUCGCGACAACU